AUGCGGGGGCUGAGGAUGGGCGAGGCCUCACACAGACGCCUGGCCGCGGGGGAAGGACGCGCAGACCGAGGCUCCCCCGAGAAGAGCUGCCCCAUUGGACAGAAGCAACUGCAACAGAUAGAGCGUCAGCUUAGGUGCCUGGCCUUCCAAAAUCCCGGGCCCCAAGUGGCAGACUUCAACCCCGAAACCAGACAGCAGAAGAAGAAAGCCAGGAUGUCCAAGAUGAACGAGUACUUUUCUGUGAAGCACAAGGUGGUGAAGAAGUAUGACAAGGGCGGGCGGCUGGUGUGCAACGCGGAGGAUCUGUGCGACUGUCUGGAGCGGAGCUGCCUGGGCUGCUUCUACCCCUGUCCCCGCUGCAACUCCACCAAGUGCGGCCCCGAGUGCCGCUGCGGCCGGCGCUGGGUGUACGACGCCAUCGUCACGGAGGCCGGCCAGGUCAUCAGCGCCCUGCCCUUCUCCGUCCCCGACUAG